GCGCUCCGCAGCCCUUCCGCUCUAGUGGGGAAGCUGCAGCCGAGCGGAAGCUAACCGCUCGGUCUUUGCAUCAUUGAACUUUUCGACCUGACAUUCACCAAACCCCCCGCCACGCUACCCUAGAAACCUUGUAAACAGACCAAACAUUAAAUAAACACUUCACUAUAAAUAUCCCGUCUUGUGUUCCGGUUCUGCAGGCAGCGCCCACACCGCCAAUGGCGACCCCGAAUCCCAUACAAAACGUGCCCAUCCCACCAGAACAACGUCUAGCCCUAGAACAACAACAGCGCUAUGAGCGUAUAGUACGAAACCUGGCGAUUGGAGGGCUCGUGAUAUGUCCAAUAAUUGCACUGCUCCCACCGCGAAAACUGGACCUCUAUACUUUCUCACUAGGAAUCGGGUUCUACUUGUCCGCCGACCACCUAAUCACCCUCCGCACCGGCCGCGGGCUCGUACAGAACCUUUCACCUAUGCGCGCAAUGGAACUUCCCACAGACAGAGCGCGAGAGACACAAAGAAUACUGCAAGAGGAGAGGGAAAAGGGCAGGAAGGCGCUCGAGAGAAAGGAGGGACAGCAAAAGGGCGUACUAGGGAAAUUGUGGAUGGGAGAUGAAGACGAGGGAUGGAAGGAGAGACGUCUAGAGGAAGAGAGGAAGGCGCUUGAAGAAGGCAAGGGCUAUGGAGAUUUGAUCAUGGAACAGAUUUGGGAUGUGUGGAAUUGGGAUAAGAAGAAGGGCAAAGAUAAUGAGAACAAGAAGGAGUGAACAUGGCAACUUCCUUGGAACAAGUUCUCACAUGUACAUUAUAUCGUGUAAAUUAUGAUGAGCGGCGCACCAGCUUCCACCGCUGAGGAAGGCAAGCCAUUCCGUGUAUGAGUAUUUGGUAUUGUUACGGGGAAGGACAUGCUGGGUACCGUUACAAGGCGACAAAUUUCAUGAGUUCAUGAUUUGCCGCAUCAAGGCAGCAUUGGUGAAACACAAUUGAGAUCAAGACUCAGAAACGAGGUGAAC